UUACCAGCAUGAAGCUCCUAGUGGUUCUUGCCAUCAUCGGCGCAGCUUACGCCGACUUCCACACUUUCAAUCAAAGAUAUCCCAUCGAAAGUCGAGAACAAGACGGCCCUUACCAGCCCUCUGGAUGGAGACCCUCGGGCCCUCGUUUCUCCCUUCCGGCUCGUCAACAAUUGCCCAGACAAGAUUUCGCGUUUAGUCUGCCAGCCCGUCAACAGCUGCCGCGUCAAGAGUUCAGCCCUCCGCCUCAAACUUACGGCCCUCCACCCACUUACGGGCCCCCAGCCCAGGAAUAUGGCCCGCCAGAAGCUACGACAACCGAGGCCCAAGAGAUUACUACGACCGAGCUGCCCACAACCACCGAAAACGUUGUUGAAGAGGCCGAACAACUCAACGAUUCACAGAAGGAGAACGAAGUGAAGGAAAAUGAGAAAUUGACCGAAGAGAAUUCCGCGGUUUCUGAACAAGGAAUUUAUUAUAUCUAUCAUCCGAGUGGGUUAUUGCAGAGGGUUAUUUAUAUGACCAAAGAUGAUGUGCCAAAUAUGGCCUACAGUGCUCAACUGAAGUACGAGAAUGUUGAGCCCAUUCGAGAGCCGAUCUACACUUAUGACCCCAAAACUCUCAUUUUCAGGCAGCUGCAGAUAUAAAAUUUGCUGGGAGAAAUAAGGGAGGAUCGUUUUAUUGCAUAAUUUAUUUUUGUUAGGAUAUUUAUUGUUGUUAUUUAUUCUGCAAGAGGGCGAUGCAUAACUUAUAGGUUCGCAUUGUGUGAAAACUUAAAAAAUAAAAUAAAAGAUUCCAAAUG